UCAGCCUCAACCGGGCGGGGACAUCCAGCAGCUCACCGGAGUUGAGCUUCGUUCACGACAGAAUCCGGAUUGUAUCCUCCUCCUCUGCGUACAUUGCCUUUCCCCUUCCCUUGCUGUACAAUUGCGUUGGACAUUCGCUGGCUCGAUAUCCGGCCUUUCUCGACUGAAGUACAAUCCACAGUUCUGCGACGUCACCGGAACCUCACCACUCUUCCUGAGAACGAUAGGAUUCAGACCUUGCACGCGCUGUGAACUCCCGAGCCUCCCACUCCGCCAUGGCAGUUUGAGCCCUCCUCCUGAACCAGAUCAGUCGCAGCGCUCAGUGCAACCGAGACACUGCUGGGCGCAGCAGGAGAUGCACUAUGUCGUCGCGAGCCUCCUCGCUCCGAUUCGGCACUGCUGAUGGGACCAAAGAAAGCACUCGGGCUGCGCCUUCCGGCCGUCGAGGAUCAAAGGCCGGCUUGAGUUCGACUGCGACGUCAAUUGCGAGCACCGAUAACCUGGCCCGAGAUGCGACGAGCGACGUGAGAUCAUCGAUAGACAGCACAGUGGACAAGUUCAAGGGCCGCGCUUCUGAGGAUGGGAAGAGUGAGACGUCGUCGCAACGCAGCAAGUUGUCAAGGUUGUUCAAGAAGGGACGCCGGCGGAGGAAGUCUAUCGCUCAGGACGAGGCACCCGAGGUUGAGGCUCCAGAGGAGCCUGCUCCGAAUCCGAUCGAGAGACCAUCAAGGCCAUCACUCAGCCUGCAGGACUCAUUCCCGAGCGAAGAUUCCAUCGGUCUGGCCAAAAGUGUGCCCAGCAGUCUUCUGACCGAAGACUCGGACGAAUCCCUCCCCGUACGCCCCGGCAUAUCACCGCACAACUCGCACGCCGGCUAUCUGACCCUGUCCUCUCCAUUGAUCGCAUCAGAAACGAUAGACUCAACCGUGGCAUCCGCAGCAAACGUGACAGACACCCCCGCUUCAGCCGACGCACCUCUGCCUCUGAGACACGCCCAGACCAUUGCCGCUGCCAACGACAUCAAAAGGAGUGCUUCCCCUGUAAGCAAGCUUAAGGGCGCCUUCGCGCCUCAGCGGAGGAGUACCUCUCCCAAACCUGGCGCAGACUCCGAGACAACGAGGCCAAACACAAGCGGGGGCGGAGUAAGCGCGCUCUUUGGAGGGAAGCAAAAGACCUCUAGGGUCCUGGACGAAACAGUCCCCCUGCAGGCCUCUCCUCCACAGAUACAAGACUCCAAGCACACACGAUCUACAUCGGACCUCCUUGCUAGCCCUCCCAAACGGAUCAUUAACCCAAUCACUACCACCUCUUCGAGUAUAGAUUCCGCUCCUACCACAUUUGUCACACCCCCUACCCCAACAGAUGCGAAUCCUGUAUCGCCCGCAGAGCCGUUGGGAAGUUUCAGGACGGCAGCUAAACACGCUCCCUCACAAUCGAACCCAAACGUGGUUGUCUCCCCUUCGGGGAACAUGAUAUCGCAUCGUCGGGCGCGUUCUGCAACCAACCCUCCGAGCAAGCUCUCCAACUCAUUUUCGGCGUUAUCACCCACCCUCGAAGAAGUAAAGACCCCCGGCGGCACAGCUGUGCAGCCUACGGGCUUCUUCUCCUCUGUCUUGUCGGCUGCCCAGAACGCUGCCAGCUCCCUAACUAGUACAAUCGCCAAUACGACUGUUGGAAAUAAGAACAAAGCUAGCAAUCAACAGCCCACCAUUGACGCACGGAGCGAAGGGGAUAUUGGCGGUGAAGAAGUCAUUGGGCCUGAGAACGUGGACCCGUCGGCGAGCAACACAGGGCCUGAGAAACGGCGCCUUGCCGUAGAGACGCUCGGCUCCGGAAAUCUUAGUCUGGAUCAGCUCGGAAUUACCGACAGCGCCGAACAGAGUCCCAUGUCAUCUUCAGUCCAUAUUCCACGGGCAGCUGAUGAUGCUUCGGCCAAGGAGGAAGAUGUUGCUGCUGCACAAGCAAUUUCUGCCGCAUAUGCAGCCGAAAACAACACAUCUCACGGUAACCGACGACCACGGUCAAUGACUACGGCAUCUGCUGCAUCAGCUGCCUUGGAAACAAUGUCCCCUGGCAGACAUCAAGCCAUCACUGACUCCCCAUCGGCUUCGUCUCCGGUCCAGCGUACAGGAAGUAUCCGUAGCCGUAUCAGUGGCGGUCGAAAGAGAAGGCAUAGAGGUAGUUCCGCAACGACUGGCAACACGAUAGGCGCCAGCACCACCACCUUGGCUCCACCAGCGAACGGGCAGCGUCUGAACGGAACAGGCUAUGCCGUCGCCUCUCCGAAGAGAAAUCGCGAAUUCCACAACCUGUUCAAGAGUGUCCCCGAGGAUGAUUACCUGAUAGAAGACUACAGUGCAGCACUGCAGAAGGAAAUUCUACUCCAGGGUCGUCUCUACGUUUCUGAAGGGCAUCUGUGCUUCUCGAGCAAUAUCCUCGGCUGGGUCACCAAUCUGGUUAUCAGCUUCGAUGAAGUCGUUUCGGUAGAGAAGAGGUCGACUGCUUUGCUGUUCCCAAAUGGGAUGGUGAUACAAACUCUUCACGCUCGUAAUGUCUUCGCAAGCUUCCUCUCUCGGGACGCCACUUACGACCUCAUCAUCGGCAUAUGGAAGAUGUCGCAUCCAAAUUUAAAGCAUUCGUUGAAUGGCGUACAACUCGACGGAAACGAAACUGGCGACAAGACGGAGAAAGCCGAUUCCAUUGCCAGCGACGGAGGCUCGGUUCAGGAUUCGGAUGAUGAAGUUUAUGACGAAGACGCCGAGGAGGAUGAAGGAACAGGCAGCUUCAUAGAAGCUGGGGACGGCAGCAUGCUGGGCAGUGACAUGGGGUCAGAGAAAGGCGUCGAGAGUAGAAAAACUAGCGCAGCCGCUACGCAAGCCGUAGGGACAGGACUUGGCAAGCCAUUCGAGGGUGCAGAGGCCGGGGUAAGCAGUGCCACUGCAGGGCAAGAUUUCCCUGGACCAGCAACCCAUUCUCCUACCGACUGCGGUGACUCAGACCAACAUUAUGACAAGCUCCUCAUUGACACUACGAUACCCGCACCCUUGGGGAAAAUAUACAGCCUAAUGUUUGGACCAGCGAGCGGAGGCUUCAUGCGGAAGUGGCUGAUUGAGGACCAAAAGUCGACCGAGUUGCAGUUGGAGGAUGAUAAGAAAGGUCUCGGUGAAGAUCGUCGGACGCUCAACUACAGCUACAUCAAACCUCUCUCCAACGGCAUCGGCCCCAAAUCAACCAAAUGCAACAUUACAAUGACGCUCGAACAGUACGACCUGGAUAAGGCUGUCUCUGUCCUCUGCUCCACCGCGACACCGGAUGUUCCGAGCGGGAACGCAUUCUUGACCAAGACGCGCUACUGUUUGUGCUGGGGCCCUGCGAAUAGCACGAGGCUCAUCAUGACUUUCACAGUCGAGUGGACUGGGAAGUCGUGGCUAAAGGGUCCAAUCGAGAAAGGUGCCAACGAUGGCCAGCUAAGCUAUGCCACCUCACUAGCUGCUGCGCUCAGGGCAGCCGUUGGAACGAAGGCGUCCACUCGAGCAGCAGGCAAAGGCAAAGGGGGCAGAAAGCGUUCCAAGGGGCAAAUGUUAGAGGAGGUGGAAGCGGCCGCACCAACCACUGCGGUCCCGCAAUCGACCAAAGCGAGAGAGAAGGCGUGGUUAGAUUCCGCACGGGAACGGCUCUUCGACCCGACUUUCCUCUGCGGCCUGCUGUCCCUUCUCCUCGUCUGGUCACUCUGUUUCCGUGGCCCCGUCUCCGCACAUCCUCCCUACCCACACACUCCGGCACAGCGAUUAGCAGUGUACGAGCAGUUAUGGCGAGCCGAAGAAGCAGAGCUUUGGAAGUGGAUGGAGGAGCGUGUUGCUCUCGACCGAGUGUAUGAUUCCAUGGGAACUAAGAUUCGGCAAGCGGCAGAUAUGCAGGAGAAGCUUGUUGAGGAGGGCAUGGUGAAUAGACAGGUUGACGAGGCGAUCAAGGUCACGGAACAGCGGCUCGAGGCCCUGAAGCUUGCUGUGAAGAGGGAGAGGGAGAGGGAGCCGAAGGGUCCGGUAAAGAGUGAGCAGGAGAACAAGGCAUACUGAAGUACGUCGUCGCACAUCUGCAUGGAAAAGAAAAGAGAAGAAGGGGAAAGAGAGGAAAGAUACCCUUGCGUUCCUUUUAUCCUGGGUGGUCUUCAUCCCGUUGUUGGUCCAUUGAUAUGAUCGUUUCCUUGUGUGUUUGUGGCUGCGACACGGCUCGCGUUUGCAUAGCGUUUAUGGCGUACAUAGUAGAAAUGGGAAAAGGGACAUGUACUCUUUCAGACUUGAAGCUUGGGCCGUGGUCGGGUGUAGGGAUAGGGCUUGUGCUCUAUCUUGACUUGGUGAACGCUGGAUGGGGGAGACUUAUUGCGGACUCGUUCCUCUCCAAUGGUAUUCUUUCGAAUGAGAGACCGAAUGUACUGUUCAC